UGUCGUAAAGGGUAAAGAGGCUGGUGUUGAAAAGAGUCGAAACAGAACCCAUUGUGGUGUUGGAGAGGAGUGAGUCGCUGCCUGAGAGAAGAAGAAAAGAGGCAAUUCCGUGACCACAAAGGGACUCAUGAUAAGCGGACUGAUAUGGACGUUACCGCACAGCACAGACGGUACUGUCCUUUGUGAAGAGGACCGCGUCGUCCACUCGGAAAGAUCCGGUAUAUGAAGAGUUAAGACUCGACAUCCCAACUGUUUAUUCCAGCAGCUAGCAGGCUAGCUGGCUAGAUACCUAGGAGCUAGAAAUGGGAAGCCCGUGUGAGUUUGCUUGAUAGAGAUCUUCGUCGAGCUUUGAAGAAGGUGUUUUCGCUUUGGACACUGGCGGCAGCGAUUUAAAGUAUCCGUUGCCCGCCUCAUAAGUAGCUGCAACUUUGAAGAAUGAUAUCAAGUGAGCGCUAAGCAUUUUACUACUACAGACCCGGAGAGGAAAAAAAGUCAGACAGGCCCGCUGGCUGGAGGUUGCACAUUAACACCAAGAAGGGAGAACAUGACUCACUGGCUUCUGCCAGAGACUGGCACGGGGCAGCUGUGCCAACCUUGCCCCUGCCUGCCGCUUUAGAAGCUACCCCGAUUAACCAUGACGGAAAGGCAUUGAGGUUAGCUCCCUGACGAUCAUCUCAAUACCUCUCCUCCCUGUCCCCCAAGAUCCCCCUUCCCCCCGCCCCUGUCCCGUUCCCCAUCAUGCUGCGCUUCCUGCCACUCAAACUUGGCCGCCUGUACCGCUGUCUGAAGCUCCUGUUGGUGGUGGGAUUGUUUGUCAUCUUGUUGAUGAACACCCACAACCUGUUCGCCUCCUUCCAGAAGAAUGAGCUCACUGACAGAAGAUUCAUCAACCUCAACAAGUGUCCCGCCUGCUUUGGCACCAGCUGGUGCCGAAAGUUCAUGAAUGGCCAGGUUUCCUUCGAGACCUGGGGUCGCCUGCGAUUCCUAGAUGUAUUCAAUGUCAAGAAUGUUUACUUUGCCCAGUACGGCGAGCCCAGAGAGGGCACCCGUCGCGUGGUGCUCAAACGGCUCGGCUCCAACCAGGAGCUGGCCGAAAUAGACCAGAAAAUCUGCAAGAGGGCAACGGGCAGGCCGCGCUGUGACCUCAUCCAAGCGAUGUACAAGACUGAAUUUGCCCGGAUCAACGGCGACGUUCGCCUGCUCACGCCAGAGGUGGUGGAGGGCUGGUCAGACCUGGUGCACUGCCCCUCUCAGAGGCUGCUGGAUCGUGUGGUCCGCAGGUAUGCUGAGACCAAAGACUCAGGCAGCUUCCUGCUCAAGAACCUCAAGGACACAGAGAGAAUGCAGCUGCUCAUGACCUUGGCCUUCAACCCGGAACCACUCGUACUACAGAGCUUUCCUUCAGACGAGGGGUGGCCAUUCGCCAAGUACCUGGGAGCGUGUGGGCGUGUGGUAGCUGUCAACUACGUGGGCGAGGAGCUCUGGAGCUUCUACAACGCACCAUGGGAAAAGAGGGUAGACUUGGCGCGCCAGCUGAUGGACAUCGCCGAACAGCUCACCAACAACGACUUUGAGUUUGCCCUUUACCUGCUCGACGUCAGCUUCGAUAACUUUGCGGUGGGCCCACGCGAUGGAAAGGUCAUCGUUGUCGACGCCGAGAACGUCCUUGUGGCGGACAAGAGGCUGAUCAAGCAGAACAAGCCAGAGAACUAUGACGUGUGGUACGAGAGCCGCUUUGAGGAGUGUGACAGGGAGGCCUGCCUGUCUUUCUCCAAGGACUCCCUUUGUUCCAGGGUCACUGUGGACCACAACUACUAUGCCGUGUGCCAGAACCUGCUGUCGCGGUACGCUACGUGGCGGGGUACCACCGGGGGCCUCCUCCACGACCCCCCUGCCCACAUAGCCAAAGAUGGACAACUGGAGGUUCUGUUGGACGAGUGUACCAAACCCAAAAAGCGCUACGGACGCUUCCAGGCAGCCAAGGAACUGCGCGAAUACCUCACACAGCUAGCCGCCGCCUCCUCCUCCGCUACGGCCAGGUAAUGAAUGGAGUCGGCGUUAGCCUUAAGCACUGAGAGACUGAAUCCUGUACUCUUUAUCUCCGGACUCUUGAGAUCCUGGUUCUUUGUACAUGAUGUCAUUCGCUCCCUUUCGUGCGUGCCGGAGCAGGAAGGUGUUAGAGGUCUUGCAUCAGGAAGUGUAAGAAUCAAACUUCAAAGCAGAUUUGUUAAAGCUUGAGCUUUUACCUGACUUUGCUCCUGUGUGAAAGAGGAGUGUGGCGCAAAGAGAUUCUGGUUAGAGCCGAGAUAGAGAGGGGAUAGAGGUAACCUAUCCUCCUCCCGGGGUGGGCCUGCCAUCUCUUGGGGGAGGGGUGGAGGGGAGGUGAGAAAGGGCUCUGGUAAACACAUCCCUCGCUGGACACCAGGCUAACGCAACCCAGAGCAUCCAAGCAGCAGCAACAACAACAACAGCAGCAGCAACAUCGCACAGCCCUGACCACAUCCAUUUUGCUGUUCACCCCUCAAUCCAUCAGAACUGUUGUGUUUUAUAGCAUUGAACCCUAACACCCGUUUCAUUUUGCCCCCAGGAUCUCUUGUUUUUGUUUUUUUGUUUUUUUUCUUUUGUCAGGGCUGAAUUUAAGUAGAUUGGUGCGUUUACAUUUUUGCUGUGCCAUGGCUUUUUUUUCUCUCUCUGUAGCAUGGCUGCAGGGAAGAUGGAGGUAGCAUGAAUCUCCCGCUGUCAGGCAGCAGGGAAGGCCGAGCUGCUGCAGGUAGGGAGGAGCAAGGCAGGGGGUCGGGGGGGGGUUGGCUUUCGUGCAAGAGAAAAAGAAAACCCUUGACGGCUAUAUAGGAGUAAUUUCCUGCUACUCCAAUCAAUCACUCAAUUUCCAGGUUCCAGGAUUGUGGCAAUCAUCUUUUCUUUUUUUCUGAGUGUUUUUUUUCCCUUUAAUAGGAAACCAGAGAGAGUGAGACAGCAGCACAUAGGAAAAAGGAAAGCGGUAAUUAGACAGCGGUGGUCCCUUGAUGCAGUUGUGCCUAUACCAAAGAGGCUAUAUGUGAUGUUAAGAACCCCGAGCAGUAUAGAGUGACAGCGCCUUUCCCUCCAGUUGUUCCCCGUUAGAGCUGUCCAAAGGAACAUUAAUGUGUACACAAUCUCAAAUGAGCUGGCAGCCCUGCAUACUGAUUUUCUCUUCAACAAGAACCAAGACAUUGGCAGUACUUAGUGUCACAUAAGCCCUUCUGCUUUGUUAAUAUCCCAUAGGAUUGAUAAAUGAUGAUCAGCUAGGCCCAGGCAUGCUUUUCUUCAACAAUGUGGAAAAAAGCUUGAGUAAGGAAAAAAAAGGGGAAGACGAAGUGAUUCUUAAGAGGAGUAGAAAACACGAUAAAACUGCAGAGUAGUGGCCUCUAGAGCCAGAUUCGCUUUAAAUGUCUGUAAUUGAUCAAUGAAUCCCAUUGUCAAAGUUCUCCCACUAGUGUUGGGUGCCAUAAGAUAUAUCAAGUAAAUGGUAUAAAAGGGAAUUGGAAAUAUACUAAAUUUUUUUCUCUUUGCUCCAGAACUGGCUUCUGACCUGCACUGUUAAAUUUUGCAGCCCAGAAAUUUCAGUUAAAUAUUUAAACGCACAGCACCACUCAGAGGGCGGGUUGAUUUUACACUCAGUGGACCAACAAAUGAAAGCAUAAUCACAAAUAUAGGCUAAUUCGGUAAUGGAUUAUGAGAGAUCUUACUCAACCUUUAAAAAAAAAAAAGAAGAAAAAAAAAAGAAAUGAAAGAAAAAGAAACCCCCCUCUCUGGCCACACAUUUCGUACGUCAUCUGUCUUGAUGACUCAGACUCUAAUUGCCCAGUGGAGUGUUGUGUAGCACGGUCAACAGACAAGGCCAAUAAUCAAGUAAAUGUGAGCCACUCCAUGUACGACAAAACUAGAAAAAAGCACAGCAGUUGCUUUUUUGGCCUUCUGCAAAACCAGGAGAGCUGAUGUGUGACUCUUUGUCAGUUUGGAAAAGCAAUAAAGAAAAGUUUGGCUAAUGUAUUUCUGCUUUUGAAGCACCCCCUCCUUUGUUGUGUCAGAUAUAUUUCAGUUUCCCCUGUCUGGAGGAACCUGGAGGGAUUUGUACGUGCAUAACUAACUGUUCACUUUUGUACUGUAAUUUUUUCUUUGAGUAUUAUAUCAGCAGUGUCUGAUUUUUCCUGUGCCUUUCAUUCAAAAGUUGUAUUUACAACUUUUAGUGGGUUUAAAUAUUAAAAUAAAUGAAGAUAUAUAUAUAUAUAUAUAGAUAUA